CCUUAUUUCACUUUUGACAAUAAAAUAGAUUUUUUUAAAAACAAUGACCACUGAACGAGUUGAACGCUGGAAAAAGGCCGUUAUCGGUCCUUUGGCACCGGAUUUCUUGCGUCUUCAAACACCACAGGACAUUCAAGAAGCUGUUGAUCGCCAAACAUGUCUUGCACUGUCACAACAACAACAAAUCAUCCAAUCUGGUUUCGCACCCAACAUCAUGGGUCGCCUUUCGAUCACUGUCGUGCAAGCGAAACUCGUAAAAAAUUACGGAUUGUCUCGCAUGGACCCAUAUGUGCGUCUCCGUGUCGGUCAUUUCAUCUACGAGACGCAAACGGAUCCAAAUGGCGCCCGAAAUCCCCGUUUCGAUCGCACAAUCCACACGCAGCUUCCGCACGGUGUCAAAUCACUCAGUCUCGAGAUUUACGACGAGUGUCAAUUCACGAUGGAUGAACUAAUUGCCUGGGCUGAAAUUAAAAUCCCCGAUGCCGUGUUGAAGGGCGAAACUGUCGAUGAAUGGUAUUGCUUGUCGGGCAAGCAGGGCGAAGCGCUCGAAGGUCAAAUUCAUCUCGUCAUGAGUUUCAGCACGACUCCCGUUGCCUACAACAUUCAGCCGUACUCCCAGACGCCGGGCGCGAAUAUGGUAAUGGUCCCGAAUGUCGGUUCGGGGCGGCAAGUUUUUGUGCAUCCGCAACAAAUGCAUCCCAUACCGCAGCAGCAACAACAAGUGCCGGUAUCUGUUCAACCGCCCGUUCCCGUAGUUCGUGAGCUGAGCGACGUCGAUGUUCAACAGAUUUCCGAGAUGUUCCCGAAUAUCGAUACGGAAGUCAUUAAAUCUGUGGGCGAAGCAAAUCGGGGAAAUAGAGAAGCCACUGUUAAUUCUCUUCUCUCGAUGACUAAUUAAUUCUAUUUUAAUGAAAAGUACUGCUUUUAUCUAUUCCAUACUCCUAAAAAAUAAAUAAAAAAUAAAUUUAUCU